UCGACACGACAACCGCGCCGCCUUCGGAUGCCAAUACGCCAGAAAAUGCCUGUGCAGUGCUCCAUGGUCAGCGCAUCGUCGAUGACGGCAGCUGGGCUUACGCGUGCGACGCGUUCGGCAUCGGCGGCUUCCCCGUGGACUCCGAUGUGGCGUGCCAGUACUUCUGCCACCAGUGCCAUGCCUGCGAUGCCUGGAUGA